AGGAACAGAUGGGUUUUCCCACAUGCAUGACGCAGAGUCCAUAGUUUCAGUUUGAAGCAACUGUUGGCAACAGGUUAACGUUUAAGGGCUGUGAACAAGGUUCUAGUCCCAGCCCCAUCCCGCAAGGCAGAACUCCUUGGUGACUUGUGAAAAUCCUCCUUCAGAUGGCCGGGACUGCAAGGCAUGACCGGGAGAUGGCGAUCCAGGCCAAGAGAAGGCUUGCUACAGCCACAGACCCCAUUGAAAGACUUCGGCUCCAGUGUUUAGCCAGGGGAUCAGCUGGUAUCAAGGGCCUUGGCAGAGUAUUUCGGAUCAUGGAUGAUGAUAACAACCGAACCAUUGACUUCAAAGAGUUCGUGAAAGGGUUAAAUGAUUAUGCUGUGGUGAUGGAUAAAGAAGAAGCACAGGAACUUUUCAGCCAAUUCGAUAAAGAUGGAAAUGGGAAAAUAGAUUUUAAUGAAUUUCUUCUCACAUUAAGGCCCCCAAUGUCCAGAGCCAGGAAAGAGGUCAUCAUGCAGGCCUUCCGGAAGUUAGACAAGACAGGUGAUGGUGUGAUAACAAUUGAGGAUUUACGUGGGGUGUACAAUGUAAAACACCAUCCAAAGUACCAGAAUGGAGAAUGGACAGAGGAGCAGGUUUUCAGAAAAUUUCUGGAUAACUUUGAUUCACCCUAUGACAAGGAUGGAUUGGUUUCCCAAGAGGACUUUUUGGACUAUUAUGCCGGGGUUAGUGCUUCCAUUGACAGUGAUGCCUACUUCAUUCUUAUCAUGAGAAAGACCUGGAGAUUGUGACUUUUUGGUUUUUGCUUCUUCCUGGAAUCAAAGACUAUCCACGGGAUGAUUUUUGAAAGGAUUUCAGCACCAUUAAUUCUGACAAUGGACAAUUUGCUUUUUCUCUCUUAUACAGCCAUUGGCAUCCAUUUACCUUAAGGAGGUUAUGUAAGUGCUAUUGUUUCCUCACAAAUAACCAAAAAACUUAUUCUAGACAUCAAGAGAGAAAGAACACUUAGCUAGUGUUAAAAUAAAACAAUCACAUUUUAAGCA